UGACUAAAGGAUUCAUAUCUUGGUUAGCUCCAUUUCUUUACUAGCAUAAGUUCACUUGAAUCAAUAUGGCCCUUCUAUGUCUCCUUACCGUCUUCCUCCACCUCCUCCGCCUAUUCACCACCGUCUCCGCUGUAGGAAUAAACUACGGCACACUCGGAAACAACCUUCCUUCACCAAAAACAGUAGCCCAACUCUUGCAAUCAACACUCAUAGACAAAGUCAAAAUAUAUGACACUAACCCUCAAAUCCUACAAGCUUUCUCCAACUCGGGCAUUGACCUCAUAGUUGCGGUCGAAAACAGCCAUGUUGCUAAUAUAAGCUCUUCCAAGUCCGUGGCUGAGGAUUGGUUUUCAGCCCGUAUCGCCCCUUUCAUCCCUGCCACCUCAAUUGUAGGCAUUGCGGUUGGUAAUGAGUACUUAGCCAUGGAUGAUGAUGAUGAUAUGGACCCUAAUGCACUUAUUGAAGCCAUGCAAAACCUUCAUGAAGUAUUGUUGUCACAUGGACUAGACCGGAAAAUCAAGAUCUCCACCCCACAUAGUAUGGCAGUGUUAGCCAGUUCAUUUCCACCGUCUGCUUCCACCUUUGCCACCACCUUAAUGCCUAUAAUGACUUCCAUUGUCACCUUCUUAGCCGACACGGACUCACCAUUUAUGGUCAAUGCCUAUCCAUACUUUGCUUAUCGUGAUAACCCUACCACGGUCCCACUUGAAUACGCCUUACUUGGUAACUCAAGUGGGGUCCAUGACCCCAAAGGGUAUGUCUAUACAAAUAUGUUAGAUGCACAAAUUGACGCAAUACGCUCAGCUAUUGUGUCGUUAGGAUUUGGAAACCGAUCCAUUCAUAUAACGGUUUCUGAAUCUGGAUGGCCCUCAAAAGGUGAGCCCGGUGAAACAGCAGCCUCACCGGAUAAUGCAAAAACCUACAAUAGUAGGCUAAUCACCAAGGCGCAAUCAAACAAAGGGACCCCAAUGAAACCUAAUGACAAAAUAGAUAUCUUCCUAUUUGCUUUAUUUAAUGAAAACAAGAAACAAGGUGGUUCAAGUGAGAGAAACUUUGGGCUGUUCAAUGGGGAUGGUUCAAAGGUUUAUGAUGUGGAUUUGAGCUGUGAGUUUUGUAGUGGAGCCAAAAUGGAAUUUGGGUUUGGGCAAGGGUCAAAGAUAGUUCAAAGGGGUCCAUCAGUUUGGUGUGUGGCUAAGCCACAUGCGGAUGAGAAAGUGGUUCAGGGUGUGUUGGACUUUUGUUGUGGCCCAGGUGGUGUGGAUUGUAGGGAGAUUGAUGAGAAUGGGAAUUGUUUUGGGCCCAAUAAGGUUCAUGCACAUGCAUCAUAUGCAAUGAAUGCAUAUUACCAAAUGCAUGGAAGAAAUUAUUGGAAUUGUGAUUUCAAAGGAAGUGGUCUUGUCACUUUCAGUGAUCCAAGUUAUGGAACGUGCAUAUACUCCCAUAUGUAGCAAGGGUCUAUGGAAUAUGUGAAUCCUAUGGAAAUAUAUAUAUAUAUAUAUAUAUGGUUCAAUAUUUCAAAAUAGGAACCGUAACUUUUGUGGUAACUAGGAGUUUGUACACCACAUCGAAAUCAACUCUUAAUCUCAUCCAUUCGUCUCUUGAGUCUACAUUUGAUCUUUCAUUAAGUUUAAUAAAUUAAGUUCCUGA